GCCUCAGAGUAGCUCGCGGGACGUCGGGCGGUACUGAGCAAUUGUGGUGACCGCGAGCUUGACACCGGGACUCGUGAGGGAGACGCAGAGCGGCGGGAGCCGGCAGCCAGAGCAGCCUCGGAGCAGCAGCUGCCGCCGUCCGCAGAGCCCAGCCGAGCCGGCCAUGGCGUUGUCGAUGCCGCUGAACGGGCUGAAGGAGGAGGACAAAGAGCCUAUCAUCGAGCUCUUCGUCAAGGCUGGCAGUGAUGGUGAAAGCAUAGGAAACUGUCCCUUUUCACAGAGGCUCUUCAUGAUUCUUUGGCUGAAAGGAGUUGUAUUUAGUGUCACAACCGUUGACCUGAAAAGGAAGCCUGCGGACCUGCAGAACUUGGCACCAGGGACCCACCCACCAUUUAUAACUUUCAACAAUGAAGUCAAAACGGAUGUAAAUAAGAUUGAGGAAUUUCUCGAAGAAGUCUUAUGCCCUCCUAAGUACUUAAAGCUUUCACCAAAACACCCAGAAUCAAACACUGCUGGAAUGGACAUCUUUGCCAAAUUCUCUGCAUAUAUCAAGAAUUCAAGACCAGAGGCAAAUGAAGCAUUGGAGAGGGGUCUCUUGAAAACACUGCAGAAACUGGAUGAAUAUCUGAAUUCUCCCCUCCCCGAUGAAAUUGAUGAGAAUAGUAUGGAAGACAUUAAGUUUUCCACACGUAAAUUUCUGGAUGGCAAUGAAAUGACAUUAGCUGAUUGCAACCUGCUGCCCAAACUGCACAUUGUCAAGGUGGUGGCCAAAAAAUAUCGCAACUUUGAUAUUCCGAAAGGAAUGACUGGCAUCUGGAGAUACUUAACUAAUGCUUAUAGUAGGGAUGAGUUCACCAAUACUUGUCCCAGUGAUAAGGAGGUUGAAAUAGCAUAUAGUGAUGUAGCCAAAAGACUUACUAAGUAAAGUAGCACUGAAAGUAGAGAUGUCUUCACAUCUUCCCCUAACAGAAUAUGCUUUUCCUAACAGACUGCUCCUCUUCCUAUAAAGUAGAAAUUUUAUUUUGUAUGAACAUGCAGUUAUUCAAGAUUAGGAUAAAGGGAUAGACAAGGUAUAGUAGCUAUCUUAAAAUAUACACUCCUAAGCAGUAUUUUAAAAUUCCCUUGCCCUGCCUACCUUCCCUACCCAUUUCCUCCUCUCCUCUAAUUUGGACACUCCGUCACAAACUUUGCAGUUUAGAGGUAGUUUGCCAUCUUUCUGGAGCCCUUACCAUAUGUCCAUUCACUGUGUAUUCCUGGCAGGACUUCUGAGGUGCAAUGUUUAACUGUUAAAAUAGUAGCCAUGACUUCAUCAGUCCGCCCCAAACUGGUGCAUAAUGCAUGGUACAAGGAAUAUUUAUGUAUUUUUGGAAUUUUAUAAUAUUUAGUAAGAGUAUAUGAAAGGAUUGCUACUGUAUCAGAAAUAUGCUGUUUCAAUUUAGUCUAUCCUGGAUAUGUACUACCACCAGAAAAGAGAGCCUUUUACGAAAAGUCACUACAGAUUUUGGUGUUUUGCUUUGUAGAUGGAUUUUUAUUUUUGCCUGGAAGCAUCUAUCCUUUAUACCAAUUUUAAGAUCUGACACUAUGUAUAAGCUAAAAGUUCUCAAGAUCUUAUCCUUCUAAGAGAAGCUGAGGGCACCUGAUCCACUCUGUCUAAAUCUGUUGUUUGGUAUAUGUAUUUUACCCAGUGCCAUUCAUUUGGACCAUUAUUGCUUUUUUCCAUUUUGUUUUAAUUGUUAAAGCUCCUUUUUAGAUAAGCAUAGACUUUUGCUGCUUGUAGAUCUUUUGAGUGUCACUACAUAAACUAAUAUUUAGUUGAUUUAGCUAUAGCAGUACAAUGAUUAGUAACGUAAAUAUUAACACUUAAAGAAAUUAACCUAAGGAAUGUAGAGUGGACUUGUUCAAGAUAUAAACUAAGGUUUUGCUUCUAAAGCAUAUUUAAUGUAGAUAGUUAAUCUAAAGAGUGCAUUACCCAUCCUGUACUAAAUGUAAGGUAAAAUACAGAGAUCACCAACUUUUCCAUUCCACCCCCAUUUAAUGUUAGACUUUGGAUAGAGGGUUGUUCACACCUUUUGAACUAAACUGUAGUUAUGAUGAGUGUGUAUUUUCUACAAUUUUGCCUAAUCUCAAUCAGUGCACUUCUAUGAGUUAAAUUUUUCCACAGCUGUGUUGAGGAGUAGCACUCUGCAUAUUUCUGUUUAUUUAAAUUGGAAGUCCUAAACCAGGAAUUAUUUGUGUUCUAAUAGGGGAGGACAAACUUGGUGAAAAUAAACAAAAGUUUCUAUGUAUUUAUUCAUUUUUAUUUUUUAAUAGAUUUUCUAAGUACUACUCCAAAGACUGUGGUUGUGACUAUGAUACAUUUUUGGUAAAUUUUUAUACCUGACUUGUUUAAGAAGUGCUAUUUCUCAUAGGCUGUUUUUGGAAAUUUUAAGUAUUUUGCUUUGAAAUGGCAAUGUUUUCCCCCUUUUAUAUGCUAACAUUUAGUAAGCACUGGCUUUAUGGAAGCAGCCUGACUUUUAUAAGCAUACUGCAUUUUUUACCUAUCAGUAAUUAGUUUGGUAUAGAAAGAUAAGAAAAGCUCUUAUUGUAUCCAUUUGGUUCAAGGAGAUUCCUUUGUCUUUCUUUUCUUAGAACUCCUUACUGCUGAUCAAAAGUUCUGACACCCAUCUUUCUCUAAUUAAAUAUUGGACAGUGAUUUAUCUUAUUUCAGGAAGAAAUGCUGUCAGGUAUAUCAAGCAGAUUAUUAAGGAAUUACAUUUCAGCAGCUUCGGUGGGUGAGAGUGUUAUAUCUGCACCAGCACAGAGGCAGGAAUCAUCACUUUUCACUUAACUUUUAAAAUAGUGGUAACUUGGCAUUCAGGUGACAUGAAACCUUGCCUCAUAGUGUGAAAAAGAUUCAAGAGAAGGGCUAUCUGUUCUUUCUGGUGAAUGGUGGACUAAGUGGUGCAAAGUGGAGGGCAAAUGGAGGAAAGAGCUACAUUCCUCAAAAUACAGUGAUGAAAAACACAUUCUGAAACUCAGCUGUGAAGUUAUUUUCACUUUGGAUGUCUAUUCUUUUCAUUGUUUUUUUUUUUUUAAGUAUUUUUUUUUAAGUACACUUGACUGUCUGGAUUGUCAAGGAAGGCAUUUGUACUGAUUGUCACACUUGGCUGUUCUAUGUGAUUUUGACCAAGGCAGAAUUAUUUUUAUCUGUAGAAAGAUAGAUUUUAUUACAUUAUCAGGGAAGAUAGUCAAAUGAAAUUGAGAUUGGGAAAUGGCCAAAAGCUAGGAAAAAGGAUGAUCCUGCAACAUGCUUUUACUUCAUCAUAUAUUUGUGGGAAGAUCACAGCUGAAAACCUUGGGAAAUUUGGGACAUUAAAGUUCAUGGUGAUUCAUGUAGUGUACUUGACAUAAUGGAAAUCAUCUGAUAUUGUUUCUACAACUACCAAAUCAUUUUUCCCUUCAAAUAUUUGAACCCCUUUUGUUCCACUUCAGUGAAGAGAUUAGAGUCUGUAUGGAAGGUCCUACUACUCUCCAAGGAAAGGUCUCUACUGUUUCUGUUGACAUAAUCCCUUCCCCCCUUUUUUAUGUCAGUGAAAAUUUUUUAUGCAGUUCUGUUAUCUUCUUUUAUUAGUAUUUUAACUUGUGAUAGAAUUUAAAUAAGGUCUUAUUUCACAGUAACUUUGGCUUGUAAGAUUUAUUUUUAAAUCCUUGAGCAAUCUGUAUAAAAUUAAGAGAUUUCUGACAUUUAUUCUUAUACUAAGUUGAUAAAUUCUAGAAUUUAGGCAUUUUUACUUUACUUCUAUUGUGUUUUGAAUCUCUGCAGUUCAUGUAGAUAGCUUGUAUUUCUGUGCAUCUAAAAACAUCCAUUUAGAAAAUACUACAAAGUAAAAAUGAGAGGAAAUAGAAAUGUAUUUUUCCAUGCACAUUUUGAUACAUGUUUCAUUAAGUUUAUUGCUUAACCAGUUUCUUACACUGAUUUUAAUCAGUAUAUGAUUCAAAGAGAGAGAAGCAUUCAUUAGUAACUAUAUGGACUUUUUUUAUUCCACUGUUUUAAAUUCUUAAGGUUGGAGCCACCAAAUUUAUAUUUUUAUCAUGGAAGAAGUUUUCAACUCCCCAAGCCAGAAUGCUCAUAUUUUCUUUUAUCUCUCCGGAACAUUAUACACCAGUAUAUUGCUGGCAGCUGUUGUAUUAAAAAACUAUAUUUUCAGUAUCAUAAAGGUUCUUCUUUUUCCCCCUUCAUGAAAAUAAAUAUCAACUUGGGAUAAA